AACAUCAUGGAUCCUCCUCCUGUUGAUGACAAGAUUGCAGCAAUCAUGGCCAAGCUGCAUCACCCUGAACGGAAGAAAGAGGAACGGCCCAUAGUUCCAAAAGAUGAUGAAAAACCUCCCACAACAUUGGAGGAAUUCAUGAAAUUGGAAAAUUUGGAUGAAUGGCCACAGAGAUUGACUUCUGAAGGGCCAAUGGACUUACAGGACGAGCUGUUACUUCUAGGAAGUAAAAAUGACAUAAUAGAACUCCUCAGAGAAUCUGCCCCACUGGGUGUAGAAAAACUGGAAGAAGUAGAGAGACGACUGGAAGCCCUUGAAGAAACCCUGAAGUAUUACGCGUCCAAAAUUGUCACCGAGGAGCAUAGAGAUUCCAGGCUUCAAGAAGGGCUCUUCUACUCUCCCUCUAGAACUUUUAUGACAGAAAUAUCAGCUUCUGACGUUGUUAAGUCUCAUCAUAGUUCUAAAGGCCAUAAAAGUUUGGACUUUGUUGACUCCUUGAUGGAGACUCGGAAAAAGAGUCUUGAGUAUUGUCAGUUUCCCGGAUUCCAGCAUGGGGAGCUCUGUGAGUUACCAGGGCAACUGGAGUCUCCGCCCAUCUUGCACCGGGUCACCAAGGCUCAGGACUUCAAUCCUGGCUUUAAGAAGUUUUGGAAAAAGUUAUUUUUGUCCGAGGCCUCUGUUGCCAUGAUGCAGGACACAUUCUGGUGGUUCUUCCUUGACAAGUUUGACACAAGCAAGCCUAUAGACAAGAACCUGCUUUACGACCGUAUUGCUGACAGUUAUGUUGCCCUUUUCACAAGCAUUAAUGAGGAUGUGAAGGACAAGUUCUUGAUGGAAUACCCUGAUUGCCUGGCCCAGGCGGUCUUUUCAGCCUAUUGGGAAGCCUUCCCAGAAUCACGGGCCAAGUUUAGUGACCAGAUGAGGCAGGAUCUCAUCAACACAAUCUGCGAGUGGACCACAGGUGUGAAGCCGGUGCCAGGGACGUUCAAGGGCUGGAGCCUGCGCCGUCUGCAGUCGAAGCCCAGUAAGGGACUGGAAAAGGAGCAGAGUAGGACAGCAGAGCAGAUGAUGCAGGCGGCUGCACUCAACAAGGAAUUGAACUACUCCCUAGACGUGGAUUCCUUCACUAAAAUGGUUGACAAAAUGGGUACUGAUCAGGUCUCGUAUGGUGUGACCCCUGUAGGAAUGGCACAAGAUCUGACGCGCUUGACAAACACCUCAUCCCAGGUCCCGACCACCGUGUCACAGUCGAGGCUGGCCACAGCUGGCACCAGCAGGAGGAAACCAGUUGAGUCUCAUCAGAUUGGACCAGGACCCACCUACGAGAGGGUUAAGUUCAACAUUCAAGGUCGAAGUCCCCUUAUUUCACACUACCUGCACCUGCGGAAACUUCGUGACAUGCAUCAGCCUGGAAAGAAGGUUCGCAGAACAGAGAUUGUGAAACUUCCGUCGCCGGGUCCCACAUACCGCCAGCUGAUCCAAAACACUCUGGCCAUGACAAAGGCUUUGAGCAAGGAGUACCAAAGGAUCUGCGAGCAGACAGACCAAGAGAUUUUGGAGUUGGAAAAAAAGCAGAUUGCUGCAAACCGUGAGUUCAACGCUCUUACUAAGGAGCUGUUGUUUACGAAAAACCCUGCUGACCUGCGAAUACUCAGUGACAAAAUAAUUGGACUGAGAAAGCCUGUAAGAAAACAGGACAAGGACCGAGACACACCGCUGUUACAAGAAGACAGCAAACACCAGCAAGAACUCCCAGACGAGAGCAGUGAUGACGACUUGUCGUCUCAAGGCAGCUAUGGGGAAUAGUUAGGAGCUAUGGAGAAUAACUGGGCCCUGCAGGGAAUAGCAAGAGGCCACUAGGAAUACCAAUAGCUACCAACUGCGGGGAAUAAUUAUACCUCGGCAUACACUGUUUUGGCGUUAUUUUGAUGUACAUGUUUACAACACGUUUUUGCAUGCUUAUAUAACUAGGCGAUUUGCUCUUAAACAAAGCUGACUAAAAUGUUUGAGGGUUUUCUGGUUUCUGACAAAGCUCUAGUUAGCUAUUAUAAAAUAUUGUUGCUACGGUAACAGCUUUGUGGACUUAAUAAAUAGCAAUGGACUGGUGUUACAUAAGCAUUCUGCCAUUGUUUUUUGUGAUAUGUUUGUGAUGGUAAAUUUAUUGUUUUGUGAACAUAUCUUUUUGACCUUAUUGUCUGUCAUUUUACAUCUGCUCCGCUCGAACUUGCUGUAAGAUUGUUUUUCAUAUUUAGGAUAAGAAAUAGUUUUAUUAAACGUAAGUCGUACAUUUAAACAUGAAUUAACAUAACACAAUCGUUACUCUUUUCUGAUAUAUUUAGCCUCAAUGGUAUUUUUCAGAGUUUACUCAACAAAUCAAGUACAUGUUGACGUACAUUUAUUGUUAUGCAUAUUUAAUAUUAUCCCUACUUCACACGAUCUGAGUAUAAAUUAACGUUAAAGGUCAUGAUUAUAACAGUUAUUGAUUUCCCACCAAGCUAAAUCAUAAUCCGUAUGAUUUGUACAUAUCUGUAUUAUGUCUAUGCAUUUCUAAUGAGUUUGCGUCGGCUAUCGGACAGAUUCCAUUACGAGUAUGUUUUGACAUAUCGAUGUACUCGUGUAUUGAAGCCAAUAUCCAUGACCAUAUUUGAAUCAUCUUAAUUAAAACAGAUUUGAUACAUCGUAAAUUAUGUAUAUUUGUCUGAAAAAUGUGUUGUAUUAACGAAAGUCUUAUUAUAUUUAAAAAAAAACACUUUCAUACACUGCAUAUAUAAUAGCGUACAUGCUGGUUUUGGUAUGUUCUAGCAAGAAAAUAUAUGAACAAUAUAUGAAAUAACGGUAAUGUACAAAAACAAAAUAAAUGAAAUGGUUUCAAAUAGAU